CAAUGACUUUGGGCAGCAGCGGCGGCGGCGGCUGCGGGAUCAUGUCCGAGCGCUCCCCGGAGGAAGAGCCGCUCUCCGAGGUGGAGGACGCGGAUAUCGACGUGGUGGGCCCGCCCCAGGAUGGGGGCAAGUACAGCGAGGAGGAGGACGACGACGAGGACGAGGAGGAGGAGGAGGACGAGGAGGACGGCGGCGAUCCGCUGGGGCUGGCGCUGCCGCGGAGCGGGGCCGCCAAGGCGCGCAUGGGGGGGUCCCCGGAGCGCCUGUCCCCCGCCGGCGGCUCCGAGCCCGCCUGCGCCCGCGGCGCCGCGCCCGGGGACAAGGCGCCCGCGGGCAGCGGCGGCGCGGGGGGGAAGAACCCGCUGGUGAAGCCGCCCUACUCCUACAUCGCCCUCAUCACCAUGGCCAUCCUACAGAGCCCCAAGAAGAGGCUGACGCUCAGUGAGAUCUGCGAGUUCAUCAGCGGGCGCUUUCCGUACUACCGGGAGAAGUUCCCCGCCUGGCAGAACAGCAUCCGCCACAACCUCUCCCUCAACGACUGCUUCGUCAAUCCCCGGGAGCCCGGCAACCCGGGCAAGGGCAACUACUGGACGCUGGACCCCGAGUCCGCCGACAUGUUCGAUAACGGGAGCUUCUUGCGCCGCCGAAAGCGCUUCAAGCGGCAGCAGCAGCUGCACCCGCCGCACCCCGAGCUGCUGCUGCGGGCCGGGGCCGCCGACCCCGCCGCCUUCCUGCCCGGCUUCGCCUACGGACCCUACGGCUACAACUACGGCCUGCAGCUCCAGGUACCCCCACCACCACCACCACCACCCCGGCGGCGGAGGCGGCGGGCCGCGGGCGCCUUCCCCUUCCCGGCGCCUCACUGCCCGUUACCGGCUCCGCCGCCUCCCGCCGCCGCCUCCGUCUUCUCCGCCGCCUCGGGGCUGCCCUCCUUCCUGGGCGGCGAGCUGAACUGCAGGAAGUCCUUCUACCACCCUCAGCUGAGCCCCACCGCCCUGCCCGCCGCCCUCCUCCAGACCCUCAAGCCGGACCCCUCGCCCGCCGGCGGCGGCGGCGGCAGCGGCGGCACCAACCACCCCUCCCGGCCCUCUUUUUCCAUAGACAACAUCAUCGGGGGGGCCGUGCCCCCGCCGCCCAGUACCAACCCCAGCGUUGCGCCCGCCGCGCCCUACCCCGCCGGCCAGGCGGGCCCCCCGGCACAGGUCCUGGCCGUGCUCAGCCCCGCCUUGGCCCCGGCACAGCCCCAGGUCAGCCUGGCACACGAGCCGCUCCUCCAGCCGGCCCAGAACUUUUCCAGUAAAAUCACAACCCUCAGCAGCUGUCAUUUUUAAAGUGUGCGGGGGACUGGGGAAGGGGAGGAGAGGGGGGGAGAGUCGCGAAGCAAACGGCCCCUUUCCAGCUC